UUCCCGAUGAGCAAAGGGUUAAAAGAGGCGCAGCUAGACGCCGGUGGAGCUGAAGUCAUCAGCCAGAGCGCACAGCGAGGAGGAGGAGAGAUACAGAGAACACCUCCAAAAACACACAUCAAGGACGAGUCAAGCUGCGGAUCUGCGCUCUGCUUUUUCCUGUUAAUCAUCAUUGUGUUCCUUCUCCCUCCAGUUAAAACACAGAUAUUUAGAGGCAGAGAGAGAAGGUGGAAUGAGAAAUAAAUAAAUAAAAACGCGCAGCCCAGCGCCCCAACUAUGGCUCCAACGACGCUCGUCGGGAAGCUCGCCCAGUCUGCUUCACAGGAGCUGGCUGUAGUGCAGGAUGAGAGGUCUGCUGUGCUCCACCGAGUGUGAGACCAGGAGGAAAUAUCACCUGACAGGCGGCCCUCCCCUCGGGGGACAGAAACAGACACCUUCGCUCCUCUUAACCUGGAAACUGGAGGCUGGAAACGGCCCAGAUCUGCCGUGCGUACAUCGCGCCUCCUUUUCAGAACUCUCCUCUCCUCACUUUCUCCUGGAGAGCCACGAUAAUCUACCGUCUCUCUGACCAACUUGGGGAAACUUUGGCCACCGGAUUACUGCCACUGAACCUGUCAGUGUUGAGUCUCCAUGCAGUGAGCGCAGUGAGCAUUGUGCGCUCGGCUGCGGGGACUGGAAACACAGCUUCGGUGUGAGAUUAUUAAAAGUCCUGCAAAGUCUCUCAAAGUCCAGGGGCUACCGCAGCGAAGAUGCCGGUCCGGAGGGGCCAUGUGGCUCCGCAGAACACCUUCCUGGACACCAUCAUCAGGAAAUUCGACAGUCAAAGUCGCAAGUUCGUCAUCGCCAAUGCGAGAGUGGAGAACUGCGCCAUCAUCUUCUGCAAUGAUGGCUUCUGCCACAUGUGUGGUUACUCACGUGCUGAGAUCAUGCAGAAGCCAUGCACGUGUAACUUUCUCUAUGGGCCUGACACCAAGCGACUGGCCAUUGCCCAGAUGGCGCAAGCCCUGCUGGGAUCGGAGGAGAGGAAAGUGGAGAUCAACCUUUACCGCAAAGAUGGUCAGUGCUUCCUGUGUAUGGUGGAUGUGGUGCCGGUGAAAAACGAAGAUGGCCUGGUGAUCAUGUUCAUCCUGAAUUUCGAGGGCUUGACAGAGGAAGCCCUCCUAGUCCACAAACAGGAGCUCAACCACCGCCUGCCCACCUGGCUUGUCACAGGUCGUCCACGAGGCUUUAAGCUGCGUCUUCCCCUGCUGCGCUCCAUGUCCAACAGUAAAGUGUCUCUGAACGACACAGAGGCAGGUCACAUCCCCACUGCCACACCCCUGCCGCUGCACCCAGACCACCACAGUCAUGAGUCUGUAGGCAUGGGGGAGUUCCUGCCUCUUCCCCCUUUAGCGCUAAACCACCAGGAGCAAAUCAGUGGAAGCAGGUCAGCUCUACAGAGUUGGCCAGAAGACCACCAGGAGGACCAGCACACCUUUCUGGGCCCUGACCCUCCUGUACACACUGCUUCUCCUCCUCCACCUCCCCGCAGAGCCCACCUUGUGGGUCCCCUCACCCAGUCGUCCCCCUGUGUAGCGCCUCACCACCGCUUCAGCCUCAACCCGGACGCCUCAGGCUCCAACUGCUCACUGUCUCGCAGCCGCUCGCGGGAGAGCUUCCACAGCAUGCGUCGCGCCUCCUCCGUAGACGAGAUCGAGGCCAUGAGGCCCGAAUGGGAGCGAAAGAACCGCAGAGCGAGUAUCCGACCGGGGAGCAGCAGCACUGGUGCUGUGAACAGUAAGUCCAACAUAUUGAACUCCACGUCGGACUCUGACCUGAUGCGGUACCGCACCAUUUCCAAGAUCCCUCAGAUCACCCUCAACUUUGUGGAUUUCAAAGCCGACCCACUCAUCGCCCUGCCCACAGGGGACAUGGACAUCAUAGCUCCCUGCAAACUCAUCGACCGGACGCACCAUGUCACAGAGAAAGUCACCCAGGUGCUGUCUCUGGGUGCCGAUGUGUUGCCAGAGUACAAGCUCCAGGCCCCCCGCAUCCACAAGUGGACGGUGUUGCACUACAGCCCGUUCAAGGCGGUGUGGGACUGGCUCAUCCUGCUGCUGGUCAUCUACACCGCCAUCCUGACACCCUACUCAGCCGCAUUCCUCCUCAACGACCAGGAAGAGGUAGCCAAGCAGAAUUGUGGUUACUCCUGCUCGCCUCUCAAUGUGGUGGACCUCAUAGUGGAUAUCAUGUUCAUCAUUGACAUCCUCAUCAACUUCAGGACAACAUAUGUGAAUGCUAAUGAUGAGGUGGUGAGCCACCCGGUGCGUAUCGCCGUCCACUACUUCAAAGGCUGGUUCCUCAUCGACAUGGUGGCUGCUAUUCCCUUUGACCUGCUUAUCUACCGCAGCGGAGAGGAGACCACCACUCUUAUUGGUCUGCUGAAAACUGCUCGUCUCCUGCGAUUGGUGCGUGUAGCCAGGAAGCUGGACCGCUACUCGGAGUAUGGCGCAGCUGUCCUCUUCCUCCUCAUGUGCACCUUCGCCCUCAUCGCUCACUGGCUGGCCUGCAUCUGGUAUGCCAUCGGUAGCGUCGAGAGGAAUGGUUCAAUUGGCUGGCUCCACACGCUGGGGGACCAGUUGGGAAAGCACUACAACAGCUCCAUCCUAGGUUCGGGACCCUCCAUCAAAGACAAGUACGUCACAGCUCUGUACUUCACCUUCAGCAGCCUGACCAGUGUGGGAUUUGGAAACGUGUCCCCAAACACCAACUCUGAGAAGAUCUUCUCCAUCUGUGUCAUGCUCAUAGGAUCCCUGAUGUACGCCAGCAUCUUUGGGAAUGUGUCAGCCAUCAUCCAGCGGCUGUACUCGGGGACGGCCCGCUACCACACCCAGAUGCUGAGAGUCAGGGAGUUCAUCCGCUUCCACCAGAUCCCCAACCCGCUCAGGCAGAGGCUGGAGGAGUAUUUCCAGCACGCCUGGUCCUACACCAACGGCAUCGACAUGAACGCUGUGCUGAAGGGUUUCCCAGAGUGUCUACAGGCGGAUAUCUGCCUCCACCUGAAUCGGACGUUGCUGCAGAACUGUAAGGCUUUUAAGGGCUCCACCAAGGGCUGCCUCAGGGCGUUGGCCAUGAAGUUCAAGACCACCCACGCACCCCCGGGUGACACGCUGGUCCACGCUGGGGACGUCCUCACUGCAGUCUACUUCAUAUCCAGGGGAUCCAUAGAGAUACUAAGAGGAGAUGUGGUGGUUGCCAUCUUGGGGAAGAAUGAUAUCUUCGGCGAGCCUAUCAACCUGUAUUCCCGACCAGGUAAAUCCAACGCUGAUGUGAGGGCUCUAACCUACUGCGACCUCCAUAAAAUCUUCAGAGAAGAUGUUCUGGAGGUGCUGGACAUGUAUCCUGAGUUCGCAGACCACUUCUGGAACAACCUAGAAAUCACCUUCAACCUCCGAGAUACCAACAUGAUCCCAGGCUCUCCGAGCAGUGAUGACUCUAACUGUGGGGGAUUCAACAAGUUACGCAGACGCAAGUUAUCAUUCCGAAGACGCACAGAAACAGAUGAUGCAGAUGCUGGUGAAAUUAAAAAGUCCCAUAAGUCCGCGCGACGAAGAUACAGGGAAGCAGCCAACAACCAAAAAAAGGAGGAAGCACCUCAGCGGCAAUGGGAGGCACAUCGCAGCUCAGCAUCUUCACACUCCAGUGGUGAUGAGGGGGAGAAGUCAAUUGUGACUAGACUCGCCCCUCCGCCAGCAAUGAUGGACAAUCCGCAGGCUCAGGCCAUGCCCAGGAACUUCAACAAGAACACUGAGGGGGAUGGAGACCCCAAGACUGGGAACACCUGCAAUGCUCUGUCAGGUGCAUUCUCUGGUGUGUCCCACAUCUUCAGUUUCUGGGGUGAGAGUCGCAGUGGUGGUCAGUACCAGGAGGUUCCUAGCUGCAGCCUUACCUCCCCCCCGCCCCUCAACACGCCGCUGCACAGCCUGGGCCGACAUCAACGUAACCAGCUGGACACACGCCUGGACCUGCUGCAGAAACAGCUCAACAGGUUGGAGAGUCGCAUGUCAACGGACAUCGGAGCUAUCAUGCAGCUGCUCCAGAGACAGAUGGCUCUGGUUCCUCCUGCCUACAGCGCCAUCUCCUCACCACCUCAGAUCUUGGAUUCCCAGGACUUUGAGGAGUUCCCAGCCCAGCCUCUUGACUCCCUGCAGCCCCAGGACACCCCACUGAUUAACACCAACCAGGGCCAGCUCACUCCCUCUGGACUGGACAUCCUGGGGAAGCAUCUGGAUCUGGAUCUGGGACUGGUCACUGGGGCUGGAGUCAUUUCUGGGCUAGCUGUAGGUUCAGGUGUAGAGAUAGAGUUUGGGAGAGAGGCAGCAGUGGGGUCAAGCUUAGGAGCAGGGUUAGACUUUGGUUCAGGGAUAGGUAUGGGGGCUGGGGUUGGGCCAGCAACUGGAACAGGGGUAUCUUCCCUGGAUCCUGAAACCCAAAGAAGGCUGUCCCUCCAAGAACCACAGACACCUCUGGACUCACGGACACCACACAGACACAGCUCUGACCCAGGGGGGAGCUAAGGAAGAAGCAAAAGGGGGAGGAGAGUGGGAUGGAGGGAGAGCUACAGAGAGAGAAUAAGAGUGCUGUUUUGUCCUGCAGUCCCUCCUCUUUUUACCGUUCCUCAUGGUACCCUUGGAACCUUAACCAACCUUUAACCAAAACCACAAACAGAGCAGAGAGGAGCUCUGCCACUUAAUGAACACAGUCCAGGUCGACCCAGACUGAUCAGGUCUGGACCUCUCAGUCAUCUGCUGAAGGAUGACACACACACACACACACACACACACACACACACACACAC